AUGAGCCUCAAUAGUAGUGCUGCAGGCACCAGCAACUCGAUGAAAACCUCGGGAGCUCCUUCUGCUGAUGUACUUUUUGAUCAAUUGCAGAAGGAUCCUCACGUGAGGAGAAAGCUCGCACUUGGAAAGCACUAUGAUGCUCUUACACUCACCGAAGAGGAGGAACGUGCCAUUAAGGAAGAUUUGAUUUUGGCAAAAAAGUAUGAGAAUGAGCUCAACGAGAGAGUUACACGGCACAUUGAGAACGAGGAACUCAAAAAGUUGUUGAUGCAAAAUGAAGAAGAAUCAAAAGGCUCAGCCGAUGCAAAGAUGAAGGCUUACUACAACAAGUUGCAACAACUGCAAAUACAGGCAGAAGCGAAACUGAAAAAGCAAAUAAGGGAGGCAGAAGAAUAUGAAAUUGCCAAGCUUGAGGAAGAUCAGAAACGAUUACUCGAAAGUGAAACAAAGAAGCUCCUGGAAGGAAGACAGUUGUUUCAACAGUCCGAAGAAAAGCAACGACAAAAAGAGCAAUCAGAGAUUGAAAAGAGAGAGCAGUGGAUGACACAAGAAGAUGAUGCAACAAAGGACUUUCCCAUGAAUUCAUCCCCUAAACGAAGAGACUUGGUCAGCCUCCUUCAAUCUACUUCUUCACAAAAAAGAGUAAUUCUUCUCAUGACGGUGGAUAUCGGAGAUGGUCGCUCUGACAACAUCACAGUAAAAGAAGAUGACUCUUAUUUGGACCUUGCUAAAAAGUUCCAAGAAAAACACAAUUUAAUUCCUGCUAUUAUCGAACCAUUAGCAGAGCACAUUAAGUUUAAUGUUGAGAAGGUGCUAAAGGAAAGAACAAUGGACAUGUUCAAACUUCCUCAGUCCACCACUCAUCCAUCUAGCAUGUACAAUAGAAGUCCUGCAUUAUCAAAAACUAACGAUACAAAGGUUGACAAAUAUGAAAGUUUGCAACAAAUUGUGGAUCCUAAUCAGAAAACAAAGAACAGGAGCUCUACUCCGGUGAGCUCAAAGAACAGCAAGCCCGUACAUGAAAGAUUACAUGAAAGUGCUAAAUAUAAAGAGGCAAGAAUUUUAAGGAUCAAGAUGGAAUUAACAAAGAAUGAACUUGAGAAAGUAAUGGAGACAAAAGUUCCUAUGUCGGAAACAAGUAGAAAAAUCGUAGAAGAAAUAGAAAGAAGUCGAGCCAAAGAAAAAUUUCAAAAUUACGGAGAGUUCUUAUAUAAUGAAGGUAAAGAGUUGAUUCGAAAACAACAAUUGGAAAAAGAAAGAAUACAAAGGUUGGAGGAGGCAAAGAUGGAGGUUUUCACAUUCAAGCCCCAAAUUAAUUCAAACUUUAAAAUUGCGAGACCAAGCAAUGCUUACAUGAACUCAUUCAAACACAAUGUGAUGAUGUAUGCAGAAGAAGAAGAAAGAAAGUGCCCGUUUAAACCGAAGAUUAAUCAAAAAUCUGCUUUGAUGGCCGUACAAAAGAAAAACGAAGAGUUUUUGUCGGAUACUGGAACUACUGACCCCUUUGAAUCUUUGUUCAAAGACGCAGAAAAACGAAGAGCAAAACUGGAGCAAAAACAGAGUGAGGCUGUAAAGCAACAGUUGAUUACCUCCACAACAGGAGUAGGAAAGCCCUCGCAAGAACACAUUGAAAGACUUGUAAAUAGCCGAAAGGAGGCCGAAAAGAAUAUCAUGCAACUAAGGAUGCAGUUAAACUCAAACUUUGAUCCUGAGACCGGGCGAGAGCUGUUUAAACCCUCAACCACCAGCAAAAGACCAAAGUCGGCAGGGCAUUCAAGACAAGGGUCUUCAGUUUUCGAAGCUCUCUACAACAAGAAAUUUGAGGAAGCAAAAAACACCAUAUCAAAAGAAUACUACAAAGAGAUUGACAAGUUGGCCAACACCAAACAUGUAAACGAAGCAAGCAGAAGGAUUGCUGAAAUGGCCAAAGUCAAAAAGAUUUACAAGCUCUUUACAUACCUAGACAGCAAUAGUGAUGGAUAUUUGAACAUUGAAACUGACAUUUUAGGCUCAAGUGAAGAACGUUUCCAAGUCAUAGACAAGCAUUUACAAGAAAUAUUAUUGGAUGUAUUUGAACAGUUCGAAAUUGAUUCAAACAUUGGUUUUGAGGAAUUUGCUGCCGCGGUUCUUCAGAGGAUGGAAAAAAGCGACGCAAAAGCAAUGUUGUUAUCCUCAACGAAGGGUCCUAUUCAGAAAGUGGCUGGAAUUGAUUCCCCGAUUGUUCAAUCUUCUCCUGAAUCGGAAUUCAGAGAAUGUAGCUUUAAACCAAAAACAAACAAAAAGAGUGAUGAAUUGGCAUGGACAAGACGUUCUACAGGUCAAGACCUCUUCGAAAUUCUCUACAAGGAAAAGGAUACAAAGGAACAAAAUCUCUCCAGACUCAAACAAGCUUAUUCAGAGGAUCAAAUGCGAGAGUGUUCGUUUAAGCCUCAAACAACUAAUCCAUCUGUGAACGGAUUUUCAGAAGACACUCUUCACAGACUUUACAGCAGGUCUCCAAAGAAAAAGAAACCUUCAUAUCCCUCCUUAGAAGAGCGUGAGCUAGAAGAAUGCACAUUUAGGCCAAAAGUUAACAAUCAAACUCCAGAAAGAUUUUCGAAAAGAAUUGACGGCCGACCAACUCCAACAAAUAUCAAAACGAACAAGAGCUACAGUGAAAUUUUCAUGUCUUCAGAAGCAAUCCCUAAUAGUACUAAUACCGUUAAAAAAUUUCGAAGUAUGACGCCACCAUCAACGAGACCAUCCACAAAAACACCCUCUCCAACUAAGAACAAUAGGGUUACAAGUCAUACUAAAUCCUCACUAAUUCUCCUAAGAUAA